GAAAGACUGCUCGAUGAUAUAACCAGUGCAAGGCCUACGCAAUAAUCAUGAUACUAGUCAGACUUAUUAGUUAGAAGUACUACUUAUAUGCCAUAUUUUACCUUCUCUAAUUAUUUUCCAAAUAACAGACCUGUAGUAUUCUCGAUUUUUAUCUCUUUAGCUUUUGAGUCGUGGUGGUUUGGGGAGGAGCUAUUAUUGAAAUCAGUACUAAACAGUUUACGAACAUCCUCGAUAGCUAUCUACGUUGUUGUUGUUAUUAUUAUUAUCCAAGCAUUUUAAAAUAUGAGUUUCAUCGUUUAUGUACCCUACAAAAUCCUGUAAUCAAAUUUAUGCAGCUCAUUUCGUGGUUGACGGACAAUGGUACGGGGAGACGAUGACGUCACGAGCAUUAUCUGACAAUUAUAUCGUCAACAGCAAUGUAUGGUUUUUUUUUUUUUUUUAAAGCCGUUGUACAUAAUAGAACGUUGCAUUAGAGAAUAAAAUAGCUGCGAUUGUUUGGAAACAUUGUUGAAUUGAAUGUUGCUCCACGCGUCCAUUCCGAUUUUUUGACAGGUUUGACGUUACUGUCUAGAGAGCUCCGCUUAAAGGACGGGUACUUUCCCAUUGCUUUGUCGAUAGAAAAUUUUGUAAAAAACGUGGAAAUAAGAAUGCCAGGUCGUAAAAAGUGGCAACCAGCUGGUAUGGUCAUUGUCAGGAAUGAAAAGGGCGGAGAGUAAGACGCAGGGUGCGGUAUACUGGGCAGCAGAUCAUGGAAUUUAUGAAUAACCAAAAUGGUCGGUUAAACCAGCCUCAGGAGCAGCCAGCAAAUAACCAGAUUCCACAGACGGAAAGUGUGUUAGUAGAUAUACCGGAUGCAAUCGAAGAAAGCAGCCACAAAAAGAGAAAAAUUUGUGAAGCUGAAGUGUGGCAGGGAAUACGCGAUGAAUUGGUGGAAGUCAGGAUAGAAAGUUUUAGUCCUGCAGGAAAUGAGUGUUCUUGUUGCAGUAGGGAAAUUGAAAAUAUUAUAUGGUGUCCUGAUUGUGGACCAAAUAGUGUCUACUGCAAUAACUGCAAUGAAUACAUUCACCGUGUGGUGCAGUAUCACCAAUCCUUUAUCUGGAAAAAUGAUGUCUCCCUCUUUGUGCCUGUCUUUCGAGAGGCUUCCCUUGCACAAUGGCAUGUCUGUGAUACUACAUAUUGCAGAAAAAUAACUGUUUUUGAUGCAUUAGGAAGACCUCACACUGUAGCAGCUAAUUUCUGUAGCUGUGAAUCUGAAGCGGCCACUCUGCUACGACAUGGUCUGUGGCCAGCAACACCAUCAAAGCCACAGACAGCCUUCAACAUUGAAUUAAUGGAAACGUGUAGAGUGCUGCAACUGGAAGGACACGUAUCCCUCCAAAAAUUUUGUAAUGCUGCGUCCAAGAGGAUAAAUUUUAUGCCUCACCUAAGGAACAGCACAAACUUGUAUAAGGCACUUGGAAAUUCAUUAUUAGAGUUCCACCAUCAUCAGGUGAAAUGCCUAGAGAUAGCUCAGGCCCCAGACAUUGUCGGCAAGAACUGCCCUGUGUGCACGAUGAAGCCAGAGAGGGCUGUCUUCUCAAUGGACGCCAAUUUUGGUCUUGUGCAUAAAAUGCACUCGGGAUCUGGUCCUGGGCUUGAGCAUGCCAGAUUUAGCUUAUUUAGUCCAGAUGAGGAGGUGAAGAGUUUUGUAAACGCUCACUAUGAAGCGACAUCAAAAUCAAAGAACAGUUCUUCUGACUGCUCAAACUUUCAAGCAGGUGAUGUGGUACGUAGUAAAAAUAGGAGUGCAAGACUUGACAUUAAAGGAGUGUUUGGAGCUAUCUGUCAUCAUGGCUUCCCUGUCCACAUUGUGAAUAUGCAGCAUGGAGAAAGAUUUGGAUAUCCUGUAUACAUUUUGAAAAAGAUAGCUGCAAGUCAAGCUGGAACAAUGCAUACAAAGCAAACUGUUAUGUAUGAUGUUGCAUGUGGACUGGAUGCUCACUUGAAGAGACACUCACAACUGACUGAACGGCUGAAUGACAAAGUCCGACUGGUUGUGCCUAUAUUUCACAGUUUCGCCCAUGGCGCUAAAUGUCAGAUGACGUAUGGUCAGCGCUUUUCAGAGGGUACAGCAUUAAUUGAUGGAGAAGGAAUGGAACGUUUAUGGUCUUACCUGAGGAGAUUCUCCUACACCAAGGAAAUGACACUGCCAAACAGACAGGAUCUGCUGAGCAGUGCCUUUUUGCAUUAUGCUCGGAGAAAUUUUUGUCCAUUGCCGAGACAUUGGGUGCAAGACUGAAAAAGGCAAGAGAGCUGCAGUUAAAAGUGAAGGCGAUGAUCCAAGACAUUGAAAGGAAGUGAGAGCGAGGAUAGUGACAUAUAUGCAUCCAUUCAAGAAUUGCGUGACCAGUCUGAGACACUCACCCAGCAGAUAGAACAGAUGGAGCAGACAGGUGACCGAGAACAUGCCAUUAUCAUCAAGCGCCAGUUGGAGGCCAAGCAUGAGCGACUUUUGGCUAAGAACCGUGAGCGUGAUCAGCGCAAAUUCAACCAGUGGCAUCAAAAAGUCUACAGACGACAAUCUAACGUGAAAACUUUUUGACACCUUUGCAUCAGUGAUUUUCCAGAGUUGCACACAGAAAAUUUUGGAUUCCUUUUUCAAUCCCAAACCCUGUCUCAUCUGCCUAGUACAUAGCCCGGGCAGCAGCUAGGCAGCCUAGAACUUCACCUCGUCAUUAUCUGCUGGGACUCACAAUUUGCGUUGAUAUGUUCCAGAUUUUUCUGUAUUUGAAUUUAACCUUGAAUAACCUUACAAUGACUGAGCAUAGAAUGUGAAACAUUAACUGAGACAUGCUUGCUCACACUGCUGUGUCUGUGAUGUGUGAGUAUGUGCAUGCGUAUAUGUGGGUCAAACGAGAGUGUGGGAGUAUGGGUAUGUGCUUGUUAAUGCGUGUAUCUGAUUGUAUGUCCUGUUUGAAAAGCAAGUCCACGUUUACAUAUGUGGAAUCUUGAGUGCUGCACAAGUUGUUAUGAAAGUCCACAAAAUGGUGUUGCGUGUAUUUUACAAGGCAAGCUUGCAUUGAACAAAGUUGACACCAAGAAAUGGUGGAAGGUAUUUGUAAUAUGUGGACCUGGACAUGUCAUAAAUACUUUUGCCUUUUGUGCAUUACCUGCUAAUCUUUGACAUUUGUGCAUUACCUUCUGAUCUUCAACAUUUGUGCUGUCAGAUGGAAGAACUAUUCUGUUUAUAUAUUAAAAGGUUAUGGAAUAAUGAAUAAUCCUUCAUGAUUCUGUGGUGAUUCUUGCUGCCAGUGUUUCCCUGUAUUAGAUGUUAUAUAAAAAAAACUAUUUAUUAGUUGUUUUUUUUUUAACUUUUAGCUAGUCUUAUUUUUCAGCAUAUUAGUUGAGUGCACUGGUCAUAUGAUCUACGUAAUUUUCUUCUGCAUAAAUGAAAACAACAGAAAGUCAUAUAUUUUGUAAUAUAUGAAGUAGCAAAUAACUAGCACAAGCUGUCUGGAAGGCAUCAGUUAGCUGUUUAAAUGCAAUGCAACAUUUACAAAUAUUCCACUGUUAUGUCCCUCUCUUUUUUGUAAAUUGGCCCUGCUGCUAUAGCUAUAGGACAGAAACAGUGACUUCACAGUGUUAAGUUGUACACUCAUGCCAUGUGCUGCUGCUCUAACUUUAGUCAAAUGGCAGCUUAGGUUUGGAGCGCAUUACACAAAUAUAGUAGUAUUCGCUACAGGGGGAUGUGGGCAAGCAAUCCUAGUCUGGGCAUCAUACAGACAGACAUUUUGAAAUGGCUUUAUAAUAAUGUCUCCAAAAAAGUCCCCAAAAGACUUGAUUGCAAAAUUGGCUUGCUUAGUUCAUACUGGGGAAACAGUCAACCACAGAACCUAGUCUUUGUUUACAGACAGCUCUCAUUUACAGAAGUAUGGUUCUGCUGACCACUACUUCGUGCAGUUUUUAUAUAAUUUGAGUUUCCUUCUUCUUACUCAUUUUCUUAUAGAACAAAGACCUGUGCAACCUAUUAUCUGUUCACAGAUCUUAAAAGGCACAACAUAGCUGAAUUGUAAAUAAUACAUACUAGGAGACUUGUAUAGCAGUUUAUGAAACCUUAGCAGCCAUUUUUAUAUAACAAAUUAUUUUUUUCUUUUUGUUUUGGAAUGUAGAAUUAUUUCAGAAUUCUACAUGUAAAGUCAAAUUUGUGUGAUGGAAAUGUAAAACAAGAACUGCAUGUAUUUUUUUUUUUUCCUUCAUCAGAUCAUAACCCUUGAAGUGUUUAUUAUGGAAAGCUCUAUUGGAAAAAAUUCCAAUGGAGGGAUACAUGCUUCAGAAAGUAGAGAGUGACAGCAGGAGCUACGUCUAAAAAAAAUUAGAUAUUGUUCCCUGGCUUUCAAACUUGAGAACCAGGGUGUACUAGAGAGAGAAAACAUUAAUUGCACUUGUUAAUACAAAACUUGAACAUGUUAUGUUUUUAUUGUGUUUCUGUGAUCAUUGUCAGCAUUGCAUUCAAGUGCUCCCAUGAAUGUAUGCACAGUUUGGCAUGGACAAGAUCUGGUUUUUCCUCAGUGGGAUUAAACGAUAGUGGUGUGGGGAUGAGCAUUUUAUUUUCUAGAGUUUGUUGGCUGGUUAGUACUAUCUUUAAGGAAGAUUUUGGCGGAGUGUUAGCCUAUUGUCUGCUUUAUCCUAACGGGCAAUCCAUAGAAUGCAGGUAGGAAAAUGCAGGAUUUUGUGCAUAUUUUUAGAUUUUGUUAAAUGCAGACUCAGAUGCGAUUAAUUGAUGUAAGUAAAAAAUUUAAGGGCUUUUUUUAAAAAACAUUUCUGCACUUUGCAGUUUCCUCAGUUUCUGGUAGUUAUGUGUCCAAGUAUUUUUGUUAUACUUUCAUCCAGUCUCCAAGUUCCUACCCUCACUUCUCACUUGAUGACUGUGUGUGUGUGUGCAUGUGUGUGAAAAAGAGAUGGACAGCAAAUAGCUGAAGGGAAACAAGUCAAUCAAGGCUUUUGCUGCAAAUAAGUUUUACAAAAGUGAAACUGUUUAUAGUUUGCCCUUUUUCAGUUAAUACUUAUUGAGAUUCUUUGAUUUUUGUUUUCAAAGUAGAGAUUCCUUUGUGUGCACAUACCCAGAACAUCAACUUAUUUUAUCAUGUUUGUAUUCAAAUUUGUAGAUACAGAGCAAAAGUGAGGAGGAUGAGAAGCCCUGUUGCAAGUGACUUUUGGUUGAUAGUGAUUGAAGAAUCCUGGAAUGUGUAGGUUUGUUUAUUGUAUGAACAAAACUUGAUAUUUACUUAUUAUGAAACAGAUGCUGUUUUAUGUGACUCAGACUUGUUUAAAAUAAUCUGUUGUCACAGACGUCGGAUGGGUUAAGUUUAUAUGCGCAUGGAGGGGCAGAGGGAGACUAAUUUUUUUGAAGGUUUGCAAUAUUUGAAUGGAGGACUAGAUGUAGUAGGUGUGUAGAGGGCUGGUGACUGGAGAAAUGGUGACAGUGAUUGGUGGAGCGAGGUAAUAAGGAGAGAUGUUGAUGGUGAGGUAGAAGGAUGAGAUUUUAGGAGGGUAUAAGGCUGAUGGUGGUAAGGAGAAGGAGGUGACUGGAUCAAUAGAGACUGAUAUAUUGGUGGAAGAAGCGACUGACAAGGGUAUGGUAAGAGAAGGACCAGUUAAGUGACCUCAUGCUGACAAAUAGCAAUAAAUGGUCCAACAUUCCACAUGAGUUUCAUAUUUGGGUCCCAGGAACAGUGGUGCAAAAACAGAUUAAUAUAAAAUGUUUAUAAAGGCAUUUAUCAUGUGUAACGCAUCCUUUGGAAUUAAUUUCCCUGAAGCCACAUUAGAUGAGUUACUGCAGGAAGGCGAACGGGUUGGUCACAGAGGGCACAUCAGUAUUGAUCUCGUGACGCAUCUUCUCAGGGUUUGUCAUAAUUAUAAUGUUGACGUGCUGAAACAGUCAUGAAAUAGUCCCAGACAGGUUAAAUGUUCAUGGUCGAAGGUGAGGGAGAUGUGUUAUGCUGUGGCAGUGGUGGUGUGUGCAUGCAUGUGAAAGAGAAAGAGAUACAUGAGCCUUUGAAGCAUCUGAAGUGAAAUUGGACUGCAGCGAUUUAAUAACAAUCAAGAUAUUGCAAUGUUUUUAAAAGCAAGACAGCAUUGAAAAACAUUUAUCAUACUAAUGUUAAUAAACACAAAACGCUUUUAAAAAUCAGUGUGAUAAAGUGCUUAAAAUUUUCUUCUAUUGUGUUUUUCAUUAAAUUGUGAUACAGUAACUGAUAUUAAUAGGUUGACAUUUGAAGACCAUUUGCAUGGACUGUUAGUGUACCCAGACCAGGCUUGACAGCUGAGGAUACGUGAUAGAAUAUGGUCAGUAAGAUAGUGCUUGGUUAAUUAGUGAUGUGUUAGGCAAAUUGAGAGAUUUGAUUGUUACAGAUUGUGAAAGUCAUGUAUUAAUGUAUAUGUCCAAAAUCUGGCAUGAAUCCUUCAGAUACUUUCUUUGGAUUUUUAAAAAAUUUACUUUUUAAUUGGUGUAGUAUGAGAAAGUAGUGUGUGUGGCUAGAUUGAUUUGUCAAAUUUGUGAAAUAUGCACAAAAAAUCCUUAGUUUAGCAAGUGCACAUGUCUGUGUGUGUACAUUUGGAUGAACAGUUGUGACAGACGAGAAAAAAAAAUUGAUUAGCAUGCAUGUGGCAUCAGAAGAAAGCAAGUCUGUGUACCUUAUUAUGCGUAUAUGGAUGAUUCAGUCACGUAUGCACAGAAGUGUCCGGGUAUUCUUUUAUGCAGAUUUGAGCUAAAGGUCAAAAGAUGUGUUCUUUUCUUUGUUACGUACAUUUUCAUGGUGUAAAUCAAAACCAGCAAUUUUUGUAUAAUUUUCAAAUUUUUGUGUGUGCUACAAGUCAAAUGGUGAUUUCUUGUAACUUAUCAAAGACUUUCACUAACAUGAUCUUGGAGUGCCUGUUUGUUCUACGUACAGUGCUAAUAGUCUGACAGUAUAUAAUUUCUGCAUCAGUUCUUUCCUGAAAGGAAGUCAUUCAUUCAGUAUUGAUGAAAAUUAUCAUUUUUGUCUUUGAUGAUCACCAGGAUGCAGUAGUUUGAGUCACAUCCUGAGAUGUUUGCUUUUUCUUCCUCCAGGUAAUAAAGAACUUUUGCUGUCAGACUAACACUAACUCUGAUACAACUAAUUACAAGUCAAUACAUGGCAAAUCAUAUUGAUCCCCAGGAAUUUAUAUUUUGCAUGUGAUUGUAAGAGGGCUUCAUUCAUGUAAUUAUGUGGACUUAAGCAAUAGUGAAUAAAUGUGCUGUUACAUUAUUUUUA